AUGAACAGAAUGAAGAAUCUAAACCAAUGUGUUCUUUUGUUUUUCAAGGUUGGAAUACAUACUAAAGCAUGGUUUAUUGCUGGUAUCUUUAUGCUGUUGACGGUACUUGUGUCCUUCUGGGGGAUUCUGCAACACUUGAUGCAUUACACACAACCCAAACUUCAAAAACCUAUUAUGAGGAUUCUUUGGAUGGUCCCAAUAUACAGUUUAGAUAGUUGGUUGGCCUUGAAAUUCCCAAAAAUCGCAAUAUAUAUUGAUACCUGGAGAGACUGUUAUGAAGCUUACGUGAUCUAUAACUUUAUGAUCUUCUUUAACAACUACUUAACAAUACGGUUGCCAAACGUGAUAUUACACCUGGAAUCUAAAGAUCAGCAACAGCAUCUCUUUCCGUUCUGCUGCUGUCCGCCGUGGGCGAUGGGAGAAAUGCUGCUCUUUCGAUGCAAACUGGGAGUGCUGCAGUACACUGUGAUUAGACCAAUUACCACUCUUACAGCACUGGUAUUCGAGCUUGUUGGUGUCUAUGGCGAAGGGAACUUAAGUUUCUCCAAUGCUUGGACUUACUUGGUUGUAAUCAAUUAUUUGUCACAACUGUUGGCCAUGUACUGCCUCCUGCUGUUUUACGAAGUACUAAAGGAAGAGCUCAGCCCUAUACAACCUGUUGGCAAAUUUCUUUGUGUCAAACUCGUAGUCUUUGCCUCAUUCGUGCAAGCAGGCCUUAUAGCACUGUUGGUAAAGGUUGGCGUUAUUUCUGAAAAGCGUACGUGGGAAUGGCAGAGCGCAGAAGCUGUGGCCACAGGCCUGCAGGAUUUCAUGAUGUGCAUUGAAAUGUUCUUUGUGGCCAUUGCCCACCUUUAUUCAUUCUCUGCUAAACCCUAUGCAAAAGAGGCAGAGGAAGGCUCAUGCUUUGACUGUUUCCUGGCUAUGUGGGAUGUGUCAGAUAUCAGAGAUGAUAUUUCUCAACAAGUAAGACGCGUGAGUAAGUAA